UCACAAGUCUACGAACGCCCGCCCGCCAAUGACGACGGCGUCGAGACGCGAGUCGUUCGCGGCCGCGCACGGGGCGGCGCCGCCCGCCUGCUGCUCGAUGCUCGUGCUCCAUCCCCUCACGCACGCGACCUGCCCAUCCCAAAUUAGGCAGCCCGUAACUGGCAUGCGCGCGCGCGCGAGGUUCACUCCACGCCUCUCCUUUCCUCGCGCGCUUGCACACUCCUGUGAUUAUAAUGGGAAGUGGUCAGAGACGAGACCGAGGAGCUAGGCUAGGCCGCAGAGCGCCGAUGGAUCUCAAGGAAGGAAGGCAGGCGAGCGGUGGCAGGGCGGGCGGCCCCCCGUCGCGCCUGACGUGCAACAUGGGGCGCCCGCGCCGCGUGUCCUUCGCCGUCGACGGCCCGCCCCAACCGCAGACGGCCACCUGCUGCACGGCGCUGCAGAGGGGCUUCGCGCCCGACAGCCGCGUGCAGGCGCGGUACGCGCCCGUGCGGACGCCCGCCUCGGCGGCGCUGACGCAGGUGGGCGAGGACGACGACCGCCAGCCGCAGUCCGCCAAGAACCCCGGCGGCGGCGGAGGUGCCGAGGAGAUGGUCGCGGCGGCGGGGGCGGUCCGCAUGUGGAAGUCCGCGGUGGAGGACGUGGACGUGGCGCAGCUCGCCGAGACCCCGCGGCUCCGGCGCAGCGGCGGCGUGCGCCGGGACUGGAGCUUCGAGAACCUCCACGCGGGCAAGAACGCCGCCGCCUAGCUCCCUCGAUCGUCGCCUCUGCAUAGGUAGCCAGCCUGCAGCAGCCCCACGCAAGCACACCCCGGGCGAUCUGAUGAAUACAAAAUUUAGCCAUCAUCAUUGUUCAAUGCAAAUACUAAUCCCAUCCGUUCUAACUAAUCAAGCUUCUCCCUAGACGUCCACACAGGCUGCAGUAAGAACAUCCAAAAUGUCAUGCAAAUUACUCGAUUUGAAACCUGCUGACCAUGAUUGGCUGUCGCAAAAUUUGUACAUAUUCAAGUACUAUGUAAUGUUUUUGUCCAGUGGGGUGUAUAUAUUUAUCACCGUAAAAAGG